UGAUAAACUAUACACUGAUUCAUAUAGUCCCUUGUUAAACACAUACAUUAUUUAUCAUCAUGUUGUGCUUUGCACUUGUAUUUUUAACGUGUACGACAUGUUUUGCCCAUUCAAUAAAUGAUGGGGUAGUCAGUUUGUCACUGGAAAGGCAGGAUCCUAUCUUUAUUACCAUGUUAAAACAGGGCAUACACCCGAGGGUCAUCGAAACAUUUUUUUCAUCGAUAAAAAGCCAGGCGGGCAAUGGAACUGUACCGGCUAAACUUUACAAAUUAUUUGAUAAUGAAUAUUAUGGAAAACUGAAAAUAAGAAAAGAUUCAUUUAAUGUCGCGUACGAUACAGCUUGGGGAAACACAUGGGUGCCUUCAGUAAACUGUAGCUCUGCUAGCAUUACUUGCAAAUUUAGGAAUAAGUAUACAGGAAAAAAUGGCACCAACACAUUGCAAAGGUUUCGGUUUCCGAUUGAAAAUACAAUUUUAACUGGGACAGUUUGGAUAGAUAAUUUGUCUUUUGACAUGUCGACAGUCAAAAACCAAUCUUUCGGGGUUGUGGACAAAAUACCGUUUUUUCCUUUUAUUUACUCGAUAUGUGAUGGAGUCGUCGGACUUGCAUCGAACUCUGGAAUGUUUAAAUCCAAGUCUAUCGUGACCGCUAUGCUCGAACAGGGCCUGAUAAAAAAGCCUAUAUUCUCAAUUUACAUAAAUAGAGACCCAAACACACCAAAAGGAGGAAGUGUUAUGUUUGGUGGUAUUGAUAAAAAGCAUUACAAAGGAGAGUUCACUUAUACACAUGUCCUACCACAGUCCAAUGGCAUAUGGAUGUUCAAAAUGCAAAGCAUAACAAUAAGUCCUAAAUUUGUUCUUUGUCAGUCUGGAUGCAAUGUGUAUAUGGACACGGGUUCUAAUUUGAUUUCAGGCCCGUCUGCUGAAAUCGAAAGUAUUAACCAAUACAUAGGAGCUCAAGUAUUUUUCCUUAAUCGUUACACCGUUAAAUGUGGCCGUGUAGAUCAACUUCCGAAAGUAACAUUCACUAUAGGAGGCAAGAAAUUUACGCUUAAAGGACCAGAUUACGUACAAGAGGUCAAUUUUGGACCUGUUAAAGUAUGUCUGACAGUCUUCAAAAAGACAGAAGAAAGUGACAUGUGGAGUUUAGGAGGUUCCUUUAUAGCAAGUUAUUAUACAACUUUUGAUAUUCAAAACCAACUAAUUGGAUUUGCAACAUCUUUAUGAGUUCACAUAAAAACAAAGUGGAGGUGAAUUUUUACGAUGAAAUUGGAACAAUUGUAUAUAAAGAAUUGCUUAUACAUCAAAACUCAAAACUUUUAUCAAUAUUAUACAAUAUUUACAAAAUGUAUAAUUAAUAAACAUGUUAUAAUAUACAUAUAAAAAAAGACAAUUUUUCAUAUUGACACAUGGGAAAAAGACAAAUGGAUUUCCUAAAACAAAUAAAUAAAAUUAACACAA